AUGGACUGGGGAACUGCGAUGGCUUCUCCAUUUCGUCAUCCAAUGAUGGCUACACCUGUCUCCUGGCAUCCCUGGGCAUCGGAACGACCUCACAAAUCGGAGGAACUGUAUGGAUCAGUUCCCAAUCAACAGCAAUGCAGGCAGCCUAACGACACGAACGAGGAAAUUGACGACACCAACGACAUCAACGACGACACCAACGACACCAACGACUACAUCAUCCACCCAGCCACGACCGGCAUGUCCGUUUGUUUGGGGAAGGAAAGUGAACUUCUGAACUUGCCCAAUUUUGCACGAAAGACCGCCACCAAUGCCGUCAAACGUUACCAAGACACUGAGAGCAACAAUGACCGUGUUCGCAGCGGUCGAGGCCGACGACUUCAAACACCCCCAUCGACCGAAGAAAGCUCAAGGAGCAAGUCCAAAGGAAUUCUGAGUGUUCGACAAGGAAACUCGCCAACGCCGUCAAAAAUUUCCCGAAGAACCCGUCCAGCAAAUACUUAA